GCUACCGAAAGUAUUUCCAAAUACCCUAGGCGAAUAUUCUCGGGAAUUCAACCAACUGGAGCAAUACAUUUGGGGAAUUAUCUAGGUGCAAUAGCUCAAUGGGUAAAAUUGCAGAAUGAAGGGGAAAACAUUAUACUUAGUAUAGCAGAUCUUCAUUCUAUGACUCUGCCUCAUGUAGUUUUGCAGGACCCUAAAAAACUAAGAACGAAUAUCUUGGAAAUGACAGCUACUCUUUUGGGAUGUGGUAUCGAUCCAACAAAAACAGUUUUGUUCCAACAAUCAACUGUUCCUGAGCAUACACAAAUUAGUUGGUGUUUGGGUUGUAUUUGCACAAUGCCUAGACUAUCCCAUCUUCCACAAUAUAAAGAAAAGUCCAAAGAUCUUAAAGAUAUUCCCUUGGGUCUGUUUAUAUACCCCGUUCUACAGGCAGCAGACAUUCUGACUUACAAGGCAACCCAUGUACCAGUUGGUGAAGAUCAAGUUCAGCAAAUUCAACUCUCACAGGAACUUGCCAGAAUGUUCAACAGUAGAUUUGGCGAUACUUUUCCUAUUCCUCACGCCAUUAUAACAGGGUCGGAGUAUGCCAGACUCAGAAGUCUUAGAGACCCAGCUAAGAAGAUGUCCAAAUCAGAUCCAGAUCCGAAGAGUAGGAUAUGUAUUACAGAUAAACCAGAGGAUAUCGUAAGAAAUAUCAAAAAGGCUGUCACAGAUUUUACCUCACAGGUGACGUUCGAUCCAGAGGAGAGGCCUGGUGUAUCCAAUCUCAUAAGUAUCCAUUCAUUUGUUACCAAUGAACCAGUCAAUAAAAUCUGCAGAGAUGUUCAGAACUUCAAUACUGGACAAUAUAAAUUAAUAGUGGCAGAUGCAGUGGUAGAAUAUUUAAGGCCAAUUCAAGAAAGAAUAUCACAUUAUUUAUCGGAUGAGAGGCAUCUACUGGAAGUUUUGAAGAACGGCCAAGAAGAAGCUAGUGAAAUUUCUUCGAAACAUUGGGAAGAGGUGCAGCACAAAUUAGGGUUGAAAUUCAAAAUCAGAAAACAGGAAAAGAUUAAAACACAUGGUUGAUUGAAAAAAUAAAAUGAUAUCUUUAAA